ACCUCGACGAAUGAGAGCUUCAGUGGUCGACUAGAAUUUAUUUCUUGUACGUCCAGAAGGUGCAGAAAAUUCGCUAUCUGAAGUUUUAGUUAUUGUAAAUUUCGGAAACAUGUUUCGCUUUUUCUUGGCCGUCGCGGCGCUUUUCGUGCUGAUCGACGCACAACACAGAAUUCCAUUGCACAAGAAGGAUUCUGCUCGAAAAGCUUUAAGGAAAGCUGGUAUUGACUUGAAAGAGCUUGAAUUGGCCAAUGGAAAUCCUUCAUCAGAAAAAUUGAUCAAUUAUGGCGAUGUUGAGUAUUUUGGUGUUAUCAGUAUCGGAACUCCACCACAGAACUUUACAGUAAUAAUGGAUACUGGUUCCUCAAAUCUUUGGGUACCAUCGCAGAGCUGCAGUCGUCAUAAUAGGGCUUGUCAAUUGCAUCAUAAGUAUGAUAGUAAAAAAUCCAGCACAUAUAUACCAAAUGGUCAGUCGCUUAGUAUUCAAUAUGGCACUGGCAGUCUAACUGGAUUCUUAUCUACUGAUGUAGUUAACGUUGCCGGUCUCAAUGUUCAAAAGCAAACUUUUGGGGAAGCGGUUGAAGAACCAGGCAACACGUUUGUUUAUGCACCGUUUGACGGUAUCUUAGGCUUGGGUUACGCUUCGCUAUCUGAGGAUGGAGUGACACCUGUCUUCUAUAAUAUGGUGGCACAAGGUCUAGUGCCACAACCUGUUUUCAGCUUCUAUUUGAGUCGAAACCAUUCAGCCGUGGACGAUAGUGAAUUGUUAUUGGGUGAUAUCAAUCCAAAUCAUUACAAUGGUGACCUCUUUUACGUUCCUGUUUCCCGACAAGCAUACUGGCAAUUUUCUGUGGAUGGAAUAACAAGCGAAGGUCAGACCGUGGCGUGUGAUGGUGGUUGCCAAGCUAUUGCUGACACAGGUACCUCGCUCAUAGUUGGACCAUCAGACGAUAUCGACGCUAUUAACGAACUAAUUGGAGUUGAUUCUUAUGGAACCGUGGAUUGCGGUUCAAUUGAUGAGUUGCCUGUAAUUAAUGUUGUUUUGAAUGGUCACUCAUUCCCUCUUAAACCUAGGGAUUACAUUCUUCAAGAUGAGUAUGAUGGCGAGACAAUAUGUGAAAGCGGUUUCUCGGGAUCUUAUGAUGAUCUUUGGAUUUUGGGUGAUGUAUUUAUUCGACCUUACUACACCGUAUUCGAUUUAGGAAAUAAUCAAGUGGGAUUUGCUCCGUCGAAAUAAAUAUCGAUUAUGCCUUGUUUUGGAAUCAUACAGCUAGAUCUAAAUGACAACCUUGCGAAUAUAAUUAAGUAAAAUUAUUUUUCACUAUA